CGGAGAGAUCCAUUUGCCCACGCUCCCGCCCCAGUCUCUUAUUUCUCUAGCGCUACUGCUUCUCGUACCCACUGAGGAUUUUCCUGGGCAAGGGGGGCGGGGCCGUGCCGCUCCCCGAGUCCUCUUUACUAAACUCACGUGCACGAGGCGCUCCCACACACUGCCAGGCUGAGAGUCUUCGUGUCGAUCACAGAGCGCAUCGAUCUUUAAGAGCUGUCAUAACGGGGCUGAGCACAGUUUCGGCGGGCGGCAGUUCAAGUUGUAUCCACCCGGCUCAAGUGUGCAACCCGCAGGAAACGAGGCGUAGGAAAAGAUGAAUCGCUUCAAAGCGUCCAAAUUCAAAAAUACAACCCCGAAGAUAAGCAAGAAAGAGGCUUGGAUCAAUAAUGUGAAGGCCGGCAGUCCAGCAUCAUGUGGCAAUCACAUCAAGGCCAGUUGUGCGUUUGCUGUCUUUAACUCAGACCAGGCAGGAGGAGGUGCGCUUGGAGUUGCAUCUCUAAAAAGUUCAGGGAAGCAGGAAAUCUCGCAUUUACAGUGUCAUGCUGCCUUGGUGACAGACUUUGACUUCUCCCCUUUUGAUGACUUUCUCCUGGCAACGUCAUCAUCUGAUGAAACUGUGAAAGUGUGGCGACUGUCUGAAGCAGGUGACCACUUGCCUUCUUCUCCUGGAGUGACCUUUUGCCCUGGCGGGGGACGAGUCGAGACUCUUCUUUUCCAUCCGUCUUCUGAUGGGGUUCUGGCUGCUGCUGUCAACAAGUCUGCCAGCAUCUGGGAUGUGGCUCAGUCGCGCCUCCUUGCAGAUCUUGACGAUCAUGAUGAUCAAAUUCAGUGCCUUGCAUGGAAAAGAGACGGUUCUCUCUUGGCCACAUCAUGUAAGGACAAGAAACUUCGCCUGUUUGACCCCCGGGCACAGCUGACAGCGGUGCAGAAUGCCCAGAGCCACCAGAACAACAAGGACUCAAGGGUGGUCUGGAUUGGAGAUUCAGACAACAUCCUGUCCACUGGGUUCAAUCAGAUGCGUGAGAGAGAGGUGAAAGUCUGGGAUACCCGAAAAAUGGGCUCCUCUCUUGGCAGCGUGUCACUUGAUUCAUCUGCUGGGACUCUAAUCCCGCUCUUUGACAACGAUUCAAACCUCCUGGUUCUCGCUGGCAAGGGGGACAGCGUCCUGCACUGCUUUGAGGUCACCGCCGUCCAGCCCUUCCUGUCACAAGUGAACCAGUGUCUGACAGAGAGUGCCACUCGAGGGGCAGCCAUGCUGCCCAAGCUGGCUUUGGAUGUCAUGUCCUGUGAGGUGGUGCGAGUCCUCCAGCUAACAGAUGGCUUUGUAGUGCCCAUCAGCUACAAUGUGCCACGCAAGUCUGGCCAGGAGUUCCAUGCUGACUUGUACCCAGACACCCCUGGGCACAUCCCAUCCAUGCGUGUGGAGGACUGGUGGACCGGGGAAAACAAGCAGGUAGAAAGAGUCAGUCUUGAUCCAGCAAAGGGUCGCAUCAAGAGCUUUACAUCCUCAGUGAUACCCACUCAAGAGACCAGAAGCUCUCAGCCUGAGACGAGAAGCCAGUCGAUGAAGAUGGAGCCUGCGGAGGACAAGGAAAGAGAGAAGAUCUCAAGUAGCCGCUCCUCAUCCAGCAGCUCCCUGACAAGCCCCACGACCCCAUCCAGCCUGGUGCAGUCAACUUCAACCACCAGUGGACUGUCUAGUGGAUUUGUCACAAGCCCCAGCCAGCGCUCAUUUCAGAGCAUCCUGGGUUCAAGCUCCAAAUUCCGUCACAACCAGGGCCUUGUUCUUCAUCGUGACUCCCAUAUCACAAACCUGAAGGGACUGAAUCUUACCACACCUGGGGAGUGUGAUGGACUGUGUGUCAACCGGGAGCGGGUGGCAGUGCCCCUGGCCAGUUCAGGCGGGCAGAUUGCCAUUCUUGAGCUUUCCAAGCCUGGACGACUUCCAGACACCCGAUUCCCACAAUCCAGAACGGGGGUAGCAGUGGCCGAUUUCUCCUGGGACCCUUUUAAUGCUCAUCGCCUGGCUGUAGCUGGGGAAGACGCCAAAAUCCGAGUGUGGAUCGUUCCAAAAGGAGGCCUGACGGAAACCAUCUCCGAGGCAUCGUGUGUCCUUCAAGGACACACUGAGAAGAUUUACUCCAUCAAAUUUCAUCCGCUUGCUGAUGGUAUUCUGGCGUCCUCUUCAUAUGACCUGACGGUGCGCAUCUGGGACAUUGGAACUGGCAGAGAGGUUAAACUUCUUCGAGGGCACAAGGAGCAGAUCUUCAGCCUGGCUUGGAGUCCUGAUGGCCGACACCUCGCCACAGUCAGCAAGGAUGGCAAAGUGAGGAUAUUCGAUCCACGCAAGUCAGCGGAGGCCAUUGAGGAAGGCCCUGGUCCUGUAGGUCCUCGAGGGGCCCGAGUGGUGUGGGUUUGUGCAGCCAAAUAUCUACUGGUGUCGGGGUUUGACAGUCGGAGUGAAAGGCAAAUCUCCCUGUACCAGGUUGGCGCUUUGUCGUCUGGACCGCUGGUGGCCCUCAGUAUCGACACCUCUCCCUCCACGCUGAUUCCCUUCUACGAUGAAGACACCAGCGUCGUCUUUCUAACUGGAAAGGGAGACACCAGGACGUACGUAUACGAGGUCAUCGGGGAGACUCCUUAUUUCUUGGAAUGCAGCAGCUUCAGCUCAAGUGAUCCCCAUAAGGGUUUUGCGUUCCUGCCAAAGAUCGAAUGCAACAUACAAGAAGUGGAGUUUGCUAAAGCCCUGCGCCUGAGUCAGAACUCCAUUGAGCCUGUGGUCUUCAAAGUACCCCGGGUUAAGAAAGAGUUCUUUCAGGAUGACAUUUUCCCCGAGACGUCUGUAUGGUGGCAGGCCUGCCUCUCUGGCUCCGCAUGGCUGGCCGGCUCCAAUGGAGAUCACCGGAAAAUGAGCCUGCAGCCUAAAAACACGACUCCAGUGAGUCAAGCUCCAAAAGAGAUCCCCGUGAGGAAGUACGCACCCUCCUCUGUAUACCUGGAAGAGAAGUCCGAUGAGCAGAAGAAAGAGGAGCUUCUGAGUGCAAUGGUGGGGAAGCUGGGCAACCGGGAUGACCCUUUGCCACAGGACUCCUUUGAAGGUGUGGAUGACGAUGAAUGGGCCAGGUACCUCGCUCAGAUCAUCGUAAUGGGGGUACAGGUGGUAGGUCGAGCCUUCACACGAGCCCUGCGGCAGGAGUUUGCUGCCAGCCAGGCUGCCGCUAAUGCGAGAGGCCGGGCUGGAAGACAAUCUGCGGCAACAUCCAGCCUCACGGGAAUGACACUGCAGGAGGCCAAGCAAAUCCUUAAUGUCUCCAAGCUCACUCCUGAGGAAAUUGAAAAGAACUACGAGCACUUAUUUAAGGCAAAUGACAAAUCAGUUGGAGGAUCGUUUUAUGUGCAGUCAAAGGUGGUGCGAGCAAAGGAACGACUUGACGAGGAGCUCAGGAUUGCGCAGCAGAACAAGGAAAACUCUCAAACCGACAGCCAUUCACAGCAGCAUCCAGAAACCUGACGGUCUUGUUUCCUCCUCAUACUUCCUCCCUGUAAUUUAACUUGUAAAGUUAUUCUCAGCAAACAAGGACUGUGUGUGUGCACUGUAUUAUAUGUGAACAAUUAAAACGAAUUAAUUAUGGAUUACCAAUAAAUUUUGUUUUUUAAAAAAA